GUCAAAAUAGCAAUGUGUUUGUGUUUAUUUUUUCUUCUCCACAAACAUCCAACUUAUCAAUAGCAUUGGUGCAUCGAUAUCUCAGAAACAUAAAUCAUCAAGCAUAACAUCGGUUUCCGGCAAGAGCAUACCUAGCACCCACCGGCAAACACACAGCACUGCUGCAACAUGAUUCAGUUGCUGGACCGAGUGUUGAGCUUCAUAAACUACUGGUGGUUUCGGUAUUUGAUGAUAACGGAGCUGUACAUGGUGGAAAGCUGGGAACGAGUAACGAUACAUGUGUUUCUCUUCGUAAUAUUCCUUGCCCAAUGGUAUUUCAACUGCAAGGUGGUGCUCCCAUUCACCGGGAACCUGUUAGGCAUUCAACCAGUGGAUCAGCACAUCGGCUCGUCGUUACCACGCUCUUGAACCAACAUGAAUAUACCCAUGCUGCACACCUUUGAAGCCCAUCCUAACUCGCCGGUAUAUGAAUGGAGUUUUAAUAUGAAGUAUUUUACGGACAAACACCAGUUAAAUCUCAUCGACUUUAUCCUACUGUACAAGGAUCUGAUGUUUUGUAUUGAUUUUGUUGCGCUUAAGUGAAAAUUCUGUUUGUGUUUUUACACUAGUGUUUAUGAAUGUAUCAGUGCAAGUAAGUGAAAGGAAAUAUAAAAGUAUGAUAAAAACAA